AAUUCUUAGUGGUUUGAUCUUUAAAGCAUGGCGUUUUUCAAGAGUUGUGCUGGAAUAGUGGCCAUCUCUGCUCUUGUUUUCACCAUUUUUAUGCCCUUCAUCGUUCAAGGCCAAUCGUUCCCUCCUGCUCCUUCUCCUGCACCUGGCCCUUCCAGCGAUGGUACCACAAUUGAUCAAGGGAUUGCUUACGUGCUCAUGUUUGUGGCACUGGUUCUGACAUACCUCAUCCAUCCUCUUGAUGCGUUCUCACACUAGGCACUUCGUAGAAGAACUUCAGAGAGAUUGAACAUAGUGGGCGGUUUUUUAUUAUCUUCUCCUGGAUAAUUUUCUUGUACCUGGAGUCUUUUUAUUUUUCAUUCUGUUGUUAGUUUUUCUUCCAUAUUUUGCCGGCAGUGGGAUUUUUGUGUUC